AUGCCCGCUGUUCCACCCGGCUCUUUGAUCCUCGUUACUGGGGCAUCCGGUUUCAUCGCUUCACAUGUUGCCAAGGCUUUCCUCGAUGAGGGGUACAACGUCAGAGGAACAGUCCGAUCAGCUUCCAAGGGAGAUUACCUCGUCAACUUGUUCAAAAACACAAAGGGAAAGUUUGAAUAUGUUAUAGUUGGAGAUAUCGCCAAGGAAGGGGCAUUUGAUGAAGCUGUGAAGGGGGUAGACGGUGUAGCGCAUACCGCCAGUCCCGUCACUUUCGCCGCUGAGCGGCCUGAGGAUCUAUUUGAGCCUUCAGUCAACGGCACUGUCAAUGUCUUGAAAAGUAUCAAGAAGAACAACCCCGACAUCGGUCGUAUCGUCUACACCAGCUCCAGUGGCACAGUCAAUGAUCCAGAGAUGCCUUGUCCUGUCCGAUACGAUGAGACAAGCUGGAACACUGUCAGUGUAGGAGUAUGUGAGAAGUUAGGCAGUAAAGCGGAUGGUGGCCAUAAAUACCGAGCCAGUAAAGUCUUGGCCGAAAAAGCAUUCUGGAAAUUCUUCGAAGUUGAGAAAUCCAAGUUCGAUGGAGCUACUAUUCAUCCUGUCAUGACGUACGGGCCCAUCAUCCACCAAUGUGAUUCUCCUGAGAGCCUGAAUGACUCGAUCAAUCGUCGUAUUUGGCCUUUUGUAAAUGGUAAAAGGACCCAAAAGGACCUUCCAGAACCAGGGUCCAGUUUUGUAGACGUUCGAGAUGUCGCUCUCGUUCACGUUAGAGCCAUGUCAGUGCCCGAAGCAAGUGGAGAGAGGUUCCUGGCUAGUAGUGAAAGAUACAGCGGAAAUGAUGUUUGCGUCAUUUUGAACAAAGAAUUCCCCCAAUUACCCUACGUUCCUAAAGGCGAUGAUUCUCCGGGAGCCAGAGAACGAAUCAACGCCGUGGCCAACUUCAUGGACUCAGCCAAAUCGCAAAAGAUGUUAGGUAUAAAAUACCGGCCCAUCGAAGAAGUUGUCAAGGAUACCACUCAAAGUUUGAUAGAUAGAUUCAACAUCAUUGCGAAUUGA